AUGACUCUUGAGUAUCUCGCUGUUGAUAGUCCACCUCAUCUUCCAAAUAUUUUCAAUCUUCUAUCAUAUACACCUACACUUCGUCGUUUGUCAGUUGGGUGUAUUUUGUUUCGUAGAUACAUACCACUAGAACAAUUUAUACUGCCACGCAGUCUGACUAGUAUUUCUCUAUGUUAUUGGCGUUUAUCCUUUGAUGAAUUCGCAUCAUUCAUUGCAAUCGUUGGUUCUGAACUCGAAUUCUUACGCAUUUCAAUUAUUCAUAAAACUGCCCUGUCAAAUGCUUAUCAAUGGCAACAAUUAAUUGUACGUUAUAUGCCACGUUUGCGUACGUUUUUGUUAGAUUACCAUGGUCCAUUAACUAAAGAUGCUCAUGGAAAUAGUCGCUGUCGAGCAUUACUUGAUGAAUUUUCUUCGCCAUUUUGGAUCGAACGACAAUGGUUUUUUGCCCAUAGACAUUGCCAUUGUCAUCAUUUCUAUCCAGCAGAAGUAGGUUUAGCAUUCUAUUCAACUCAAAUGCGCCGGCGACAGUUUUGUCAAUUCGGUGAAUAUUUCGAUAAUAAAAUAUGUUCGUACCGAGACCCACUCUUCAAUUUAUCUUCUGGACCACGCAUUAGUAUAAAAAAUCGAAAUAUUGUUGCCAAUUUUCCCCUUCAAUUUCCUCGUGUAACUGAAUUAGAACUUACCGAUAAUUAUGAUAGGAUCAAUAUUGACUCAUUCAUUGAUAAUCUAAGUUAUAUUUUUAUUUUGACAACUAUUACUUAUUUAAAGAUUUCAUUUAAUAAUGAAUUGUUGAACAAUUUUGUUAAACUUCUUAAUCGUAUGCCUAAUGUUCAAAAAUUGAUUCUUGAUGUACGGUUAUCAUGUGAAAUAGAAGUAUCAUCAGAUCAACAAACUAAUACAGCUGAUUUGGUAUGCAAUAAUAAUGUGCGAAAUGUAAUAAUAACUAAUGAACUUGCAUCGACCGCUGGUCAACUGAUCAAUAAACUUUUUCCUCGAAUGGAACGUCUUCGAAUUCAGAACAGAGGGGAUGCUCUCAUAUCAUUUGUACGAACUUUGUUAUCAAACAGAAUUAAAAACAGUCAUCUUUUCUCACUGGUUUUCACUGAUUAUCAUGCGAUGAUCAAAAAAUUGAAGACAAUGAUCGAUAAUGAAAAAUUACUUGAUAAUUAUGAUAUCAAACGUCGACAGGAUGAAUCGUGCUUAUGGUGGUAA